UAUGGUGCACCCUACAAAAGCUGUUUUUUCUCUUUCUGUGCUUAUAUUUCACCAGGGAUAACCAGACUUCAGCUUGCUACACAACCUAUAACAAAAAGGUAUAUUAUCUUCCACAAAAAGAAUGGUACGGUGACGUACACAGUAAUUGUUUCCUGUUUUUGAGGGAGCUGGGAAAUAAAAAGACUCUAAUAUCAGCACUCAAGGAAACUGGAGGCAUCAGGAAGGCUUGGUUUUUUUGUUUCUCUCAAAUGAGUUUUUUGCAGCACUGAUGGAAAAGUUUAAAAUCUCCUGGUAUUUCAAAAAUACAAAUUCAAAGCCUCCUCUGGGUUUUCCCCUCUGUUGUAGAACCUAGCCUACAUCUCUCUUAUAUUUGGAGUGAUUUGACAUUUGGAAUGAUUAAUUUAUAGAGACGGUCAUCGUGUGACUGUCAAUCCCCUUCUAAUGCUGAGCAGCGCUAAUUGGAUAAGACCAAGAAGGGCUCUCGUCAAGAACACGAUUUCCUGGACAGCAAAGGGCCUAUUGUGGAAACCUGCCUUGUCUGCGGCUUUGUUCUGCUUGCUCAUUGUGGAGUUCCUUGCCAGUGGAGAUAAUGCCUCCCCUCCCUCCUUCUGCUGUUUGUGCUCUUCUGCGUAUAUUUCCUGCACUGCUUUUUAAUGAGAGGCAGAGAGGGUUUGGGGGGAGAGUGGAGGAAACCAGGCUGCUGAGGUCCCUCUUAUCUAGUAAUUGAACGCUGCAAGGCUGGACGCCCCAGAGCUUUGCUUUUAGGAAGAAAAGUGAAGGGGAAGGAAGAUAUGUUGUUCUUGCAAUGGCCCUGGGGGUGGCUGGAGAUGAUGCUGACCCAGGUGUUGGUGCAUGGGGUGUGAUGGAGACCCCCAAGCCUCCACCAGGGACAGCAUGAAGCUUCUGGUCCGGGAAGCCCUCUGUUGUCCCCAGCUCCAUCGUGCUGCUACGAUGCUCAGCAGUGAUGAUCUGGAGGACUCCCUUCCUCAGUGUUGGCUCUGCUCGCCUGGAUCAGGCCCUUGAGGGAAUGAUGCCUCGUUUCUAGGGCACUUCUCUUUGCCAUGGCAGCUUUCUGUUGGGAGCCCAGCAAAGUAUGGGGGAUGCUCAGCUCUCCCUAUUAAAGAACAUUGUUUCAGAGCAUUUUAAGCAGCUGUUUAGGCAGAUUAUGGCUGUCAGGCCCCUACACUUCCAUUUGCUGCUUCCAGGUGAAGCUUUAAGAGGAGGGAUGUGAUGGGGAGGUGCCUGUGCCUGGUGGCUGCCUGGGGAUGGCUGUGCCAGCUGUUAUUUUGGUUGAAAACUGCAUCAAUCCCUGAGAACAGGGGUGAGGGCAGCUGGCUGUGAUGAGACAGGGAAAAUGAAGUUAAUUAUGACAUUGCAGAGAUGCUGAUUUUUUUAAUAGAAAGCUUUCUAAGGGAAAAACCUCGACCAGCUGUGUGUCUUGGAGCUGAAAUCAAGUGAGUAUUUAAUGCAGCAUGGACCCAGUGGACACCAGUGGGACCAUCUGAGACCUUGUCUCUCUCCAGAUUAGCCUCUUUUAGUUUUCCCUGGUGAAAAAUAAAUACAACUGUUGCAACUUGUAGAGAAGGGAAGCCCACACCAAGGGCUCUGUGCUGUGCAGAGUGAUUGGAGCUGGGGAAGGAUGGCAAGGUGAGCAGGAGGGGGACCUGCUGCAAAGGGCAGGUCUGCAGCUCCCCAAUUUCCAGGUCCCCAUGAGCCCAGAUGAGCUGGGUGCAGCCACAAGGCUCGUAACAGCCGUGUGUGGCCCCUGCCAACACAGGUCCUGCGACACCAACGUGUGCUGGAGGGCUCUUGGUUUCCCCUGGCUUUGGUGGGAUGAGUGAAAGGGAGUUACCCAUGUGCAGCAGUAAUUCUGUGAUGUUUAAUGUGGGACUCGGUUCCCAGUGCUUUCCAGGGACUGGGCAAUUCCCAGCAGCAUUUAAGACCUGAGCAGCUCAGCAGAGGCAGAUCCAGCACGUGAACAGGGAUGAGAGCAUCUUGCUGCAGGAUGGAUGCUGGUGAACACCCUCCUGAGACCGAAGCACUGUUCCCGACGGCUGUGUGCCCACUCGGGGUUGCACGAGCAUCCCUGCGAGUGCCUGGGUGGGUUGCAGAGGCUUUUGCAGCCGCAGCCACCCAGCCACUGCCCUCGGCAUGGCAGUGAUCGGGGCAGUGCAAUGUCCCCAUCCGUGCUGGUCCCCAGAGAGCACCUUCAAGAGGGAGGGCACCAGUGUCACCCAGCCAUGGCAGCGAGACUCAAAGGGCAAGAAAAUCAUCUGUCCCAAAGUGUUGCUGCUCGCCCUGGCUGGUGGCAGACUCCUUAACCCCUGUUAAUCAGUCACCAUCCUGCCAGGUAAUUAAUAGGCUUUUAUGUGCCGGUGUUGCUGUCUGCUUUUGCUGUAGCGUCUGGCUUCAUAGUCCAAAGUGAUUUAAAUUUGUCCUUAAGUUUGUCCUCUCUGGUUUUUUGGGGGUUUUUUUUGUGGCCUAUUGAACUAUUAAGGAUACACUGGCUUGAAUUGGGUAAUUUCAGGAUGAGGGGGCUCUGAAAAGGUGAUCAGAGCAGCAGGGACACAGAGAGCACGGUGUGGGUGUAUGGCUGGGAGGACACAAAUCACGACGGUACGUGCCAGAUCAAAUAUCAGCUUCAUAAAACCUGUGGGCUAAGAGCUGGCUGGGAGCAGAGAUGUCAGUGAACUGGUGCUGAUUUCCACUGUCAGAGAGUGGGAGCAGCUUGGCAAAAAUCCUCCCUGAGCCUUUUCCGCUCUGUUUUGCUUUCCUGUGCGUGUCCAGGGCGGCGAAGGCUGUCACUGAUGCCAGGGCGUGGGGUGGGAACAGAGGGAGCUGCUCAAGGUGAACACCACUGUCUGCAUCCUGAUUAGCUGGAGCUACGAGUAUCAAAAUCAAGAGGCAGGGAGCUCCUGGAGAUAAUGCUCACGGUUCCCCAGGGUUGAAGGCUUUGCUGCGGUCCCUCUGCCCCUGGUGUCUGCAGUUUUGUUUUGGGUUGUAGGGUUGCUGCAGCCGGCUGGUCCUUAGCCCUGGGGCAUCUGGAGCUGCUUGCUGCCCUGCAGCCUCGGGGUGGCUGGGCAGAAGGGAGGGGGUGACGCUAAAACAACAGGUUUGCAGCUCAUCCUGAGGCUCAGCCGGGGACAGAAUCCGUCCUUGUGAAAAACAGGACCUCAAAGCCAAGUAUGUGGAAGAGCUGUUUCCUACCCAUCUCCUCCUCUCCCAAACUGUGUUCCCCUUGCUGAAGCAAGGUAACGCUGCUUGAGGUCCACUUAGCAAAAAGGAGGGGGAAGCCGAGUGCUGAGCUGAUAUCCAGACAUUUUUCCUCUUAGGCUUCAGCAGCCGGGAGAACAGAGCAAAGUGAUUACUUUUGUGACAAAGGUGGAGCUGGAUGGAGAGCUGAGAACCGCCCUGUGGGAGAUGCUCCAUUAGGUGGCCAAGUGCAAGAAAGUGGCUCAGCGGGGAGCUAAUGUCCUGCGUGGAGGCAGCAGGCUUAUCCGCAUCAGAGCUGUGCUCUUGGGGGGACCUUAGGUGCCUCCUAAAGCCCGAGAGUUUAAUUUAUCUUUUUUUGUACAGAUUAAGAAAGAGAACACUCUCAGUUCCCGGAGGAAAAGAGAAAGAGGUUAAUCCACAGAGAAGUGAUUAAUUGAUUUUUGUUUGUACUGAACAUUCUGGAAAUGUUUGGGAACAUUGGUUGGUUGGGAUAAUGGCUGUUGGCGCUCAGUGUGCAGAGAAAGUGGAGCUAUAAGUAAUUAAUUAGGUGUAAAUUAAUUUCCCCACCUUUCAAGAGCACAAAAUCAGCCUUAAAAUCCACUUAAGGUGGGUUGAAGAAGGUAAGCAGUGGGCCAGCUGCCCCAGCAUGUCCCCGUGUCGAAGGCGGCGAGGGAAGGCAGCUCUGCCGUCACCUCGGAGGGAGCAAGGAAAGAGGCAGCAGAGAGGGAUCCGUGCAUCGGGGGAGAGCGGAUUUUGCAGGGCUGGGCUGAGCAAUUACACCUGGACUCUGAAUUCUUGCUGAGAAGCAUCUUGGAGGAGAGGGGCCAGUGAGUUCUCCUGGGGUGGAGGGGUGCAGGAGGGAGCUGAAGGUUUGCAAUCUGCACACCCCAAGCUCAGGGUUAGCUGAGAUGCCCCAAACUUCUCGCUGUGCUGGGGACAGGGGUAUGUAUAGAGAAAAUGUUGUUCCCCACGGAUGCUGGAUGGGUGGUAGAGGUGGGUGGAUUGCUGCUUGUUUCUUCCACUGGUCAAUUAAAAAAAAACAAACACCAACCUUUAAUUUUUUUCUGUUUCACAGUAAAGCUGCUCAUCAUUGUUCAAAAAUGCAAUUGUUAUUCCCUCAAGUCAUAACAUCAGAAAAGCAGUCAGGGUUAAAGGCAUGUUGAUGAGUUGCCUCCAAGUCCAGUCCUCCUGGAAGGAUGGACUGGAACAAACUUGACCUUUGGGAAGCUUGGGUGAGCCCAGCCAGGUCUGUGGUAUGCAGAGGAAGACUACAGCUCUCAGGAGACCUUUGCUAACACAGUCUUAGAUUCACCAAGAUGAAGACAGCAACCAACAUUUACAUCUUUAACCUUGCUCUGGCUGAUACCUUGUGUCUGAUGACAUUACCCUUCCAGGGUACAGACACAUUCCUGGGCUUCUGGCCUUUUGGCAAUGUCCUCUGCAAGAUUGCCAUCUCUAUAGACUACUACAACAUGUUCACAAGCACCUUCACCCUGACGAUGAUGAGCGUGGACCGCUACAUUGCUAUCUGCCACCCUAUCAAAGCACUAGACAUCCGCACUCCUCACAAGGCCAAAGUGGUGAACGUCUGCAUCUGGGCGCUGGCUUCUGUCUUUGGCAUCCCAGCAAUGGUGAUGGGAUCUGCAGAGAAUGAAAACAACGAAAUUGAUUGUCUAAUUAAACUCCCUUCACCCGUGGAUUACUGGGAUCCAGUGUUUGGCAUCUGUGUCUUUCUCUUCUCCUUUAUGAUCCCUGUGUUAAUCAUCACUAUUUGCUACAGUCUCAUGAUCAGACGACUCAAGAAUGUCCGUGUCCUCUCGGGCUCCAAGGAGAAGGACCGAAACCUGAGGCGCAUCACCCGAAUGGUCCUGGUGGUGGUGGCAGUCUUCAUCAUUUGCUGGACUCCCAUCCAGAUUUUCGUGCUGGUCCAGUGCUUGGGUGCCAAGGCAGAAAGCGAGCUCGAGCUGGCCAUCUCCUGCUUCUGCACCGCGCUGGGGUAUGCCAACAGCAGCCUGAACCCCGUGCUCUACGCCUUCUUAGAUGAGAACUUCAAGGCGUGCUUCAAGAAGUUCUGCUUCCCCACCGCCUUCAGGACCGAGCUCCAGAUGUCCAAUAGGAUGUGCAGCAUUGCCAAGGACGUGGCCUAUGCCUGCAAGAACUCGGAGGGGACUAACAAUCCGGCAUGACUAGGCAUGGAAAUUCCCAUGGUGGCUGUUGCCCAGCAGAGUCCAACCACCCCCACGUCAGAGCUAACUCAGAUAACAGCUCUUUAGCAGGACCUCAAAACUGAGAGCCGAGAAACCAAGGAAACAAUUUUGGGGGUUGGGAAAACUGGAUACUGCAAGAGCAUGAAGAAAAAGUGAGCCCAUCUGAUGCAUUUAAUUCCGGUGCACCCUGCACUAAGGAACGUGUUUGAAAUCAGCCCUUUGAUUCCUGCGAAACCCUGGUGGUUUGCAACAUUAUUAAGAAUUCAGGAAUUAAGGGUUUAAAACAGGCCUUGCUCCUGGGACUUACACUUUUGCUGCUGGGAGACAGACAAAAUGCAAACUAUUCCAUUUCUUUUUUCUUCCCUGAGUUGUUUAAGACGUUAACAGCUCAUGUGGCUCAUCGAGCGCUCGUGUGCGGGUUUUAUUCCUGCAGCAUUGCUCUGAAAUUAGACUUUGCUGAAGCCAAAGUGGGCAGCAGCCAUCAGACAAAACCCGAGAUCAUCUCCAGGAUGAGUCAUCCCGAAGGGAAGGAGGCGGGGAGGGAGAAGAGGGAGCUGAUGGAAAGGGAAAUUCAAACUGCCCGGUGGCUGGGAGCCUGGGGAAGGACAACAUCGGCUCCUGCAGACGGGGUCUGCAGUAAAACUCUCUGCCUCGAGAGGGGAGCAGGGUGGUGAGAAGGGUCUGUCAAAACUGAUGAAUGUAGCUCAGAAGAGGAGGAAGAAAAGAUGGAUGAAAAGAACACAAAUCCUUGUUUACAUGCUGCUAUUGCUUUUUUUUUUUAACCCUGUGUUUCCAUUGUAAUAAUGGACAGAAUGUGUCUAUAUAUACACAUCUCUAUAGUGCUAGAGGUACAGCUAUGUUGUAGGAUUUCAUCUUGCCAAGCAUGCCUUGGGGAUCUUCCUCAGUGAGAGGAGGGAGGAAUAAAGUGGCCUAUGUAUACAUGUAUUUAUGUACUGGGGAAAGCCAUUUUGGAGAACUCAAAAUGGCAGCUCCUCCAGAAGACAUGGACAUUUCUGGUAGAAUGGGCAGCCUAAACCAGUCCCACCUGCUCCACAUGAGAUAAGCGGUGCACAAACCAUACAAAAGGUGGUUGGUGGUUUUGUUUUUUUUUUUUUAAAUGAAAUGAGAUCCACGAUGCUGAGAAAGCUUGGGAAAUGCUGCCAAGGUACCACCCCUCCUGCCAACCAUAGAUUGAUUUUCCUCUCCCAGUAGGCCAAAGCUUUGUGUAAAAUGAAAUGCCCUGUCAUUUCAUUUGAUACUGAAAGCAUUCCCGAAGAGUUUAACCACCGAGUGCCCUCUGUGCUGGCGGGGACAGCAGACUUGUAUUCUCCCUGUAGCACAACAGCCCUGGGAAAUCUGGCCGGUGGUGGCCAGUGGUGCUGAUGGGGUAGCAAAGCAACAACCUCCCUUUGGAGAUGGGAGGUCAAUUCCAACGUGGGAACCGGCAGCAUUGUCUGGACUGUAAAGAUUUCAUGUGAAUAUAUUUCUUGUGCUCUGGUCUACGAGAUUCUGUAUUUUUAAUGUAUUGAUUUGCCAAUAUUUUAAUGCUGUCACGUUCUUUAUAUAUGCUGUAUAAAAGAAUCCAAUGUUAUAUUUCUAUGUGGAGUGUUUCCCUUAUGGUUGGGCUUAAAAUAUAGAUGCAAUUCCAGUGUCCCACGUAUAGGACCCAGAUCCCUUGUAAACUGCUCAAGCUGGGAGGAUUUUCAUGCUGAUUAGCAUUUGACUGGGAAUCUGGAGGGAUACCAGAGACAACUUUGCAAUUAGCGCUUCCCCUGAAUAACACAGGGGGAGGAGGAAAUCUGGGCACUUUAAGCAUUUUGCAAUGGGUGUUUAUCCCCAAGCACUCACCAGGAAAUCUUGUACAACCCCCAAGCAUGCAAAGAAGAACUCCCUGAGAACGGCGCUGCUGGCAAGCUGCAUCCAUGCCCUUGGAAAAAAUGAGUUUGGUGGGCUGUCGUGUUCGUGGCUACAAUAACAGCGUUGGUCAGUGAGCAACCGUGAGUUUUCUCAGCCCGUCAGCUGUCCUACAGUCUGACAGGGUGCUGGGUAUGGCUGUGCGUGAAGCUGGGAACCGACUGCCGGGCUUUUUUUUGCAGUGCCUUUAGGGAGCAGGAGAGCGUUCGUUAGUGGCUGGUUGAGGAACAGCCACCCUCCCUUUGUAGUUCUUGGUUGGGAUUUUAAAUAGAGUUAUGUCCUCUGAAAAAAUAUACCAGUGUUUCACAUUUUUUCAAUGAUGAUUUUGUUAUAAAGACUAUGCUGCAACGAUCUUACAUAAUCAAGUACUCAAUAAAUGUGUGUUUACUAAGCUUUUGGGCAAUUCAGUGGCUCUCGCAGUGAAUGUGUUUAGGCAUUCUGUUCAAUGCUCAGUGGAGUUUGUUAUAAGAGCAACAAAAACCUGAAAGCAAAAGCUUUAUUGUACUGUGCCUAUGGAGUUAAAGGCUUGCGAUCAGCUGGCCGGCUGAAGCGCAGGCUCUUGAAUUCUCUUCUGAAAUGGUUGUGUUGGUAUGAUUUUACAAUUACCACAGUGUAAAUGACAAUUUCCUAGGUGGCUACUUGUGUGCUUUAAUAAAGGAAUAUAAAACUCCCU